UGCAUAAAUUCAAAUGAUUAUAAAAUAUCGUCGGCCAAACGAAAUCAUAUAAAACUUGAUAUCUCCUGUAACAGACUCGUGACUGCUAGCGUGACUGGAUUGGGAAAUUUGAUCAAGCAAGAUAAAAACAAUUAUAGAUCUAUUCUAUCAUGGCUGAGACUGCUCAGGAAAGUUCUUACGAUAAUCCGAAUCUUGACGCACCACCACCUGGCCAGGCACCACAGCCCAUUCUACCUGAUGAGUUGCCACCACCAUACACUCCCACCCCUCAAGGGGGGAUCCCCAUGAUCAACUGUAAAGUCUGCCAGGCAUUGAUCAAUGUAGAGGGAAAGCAAAACCAGCAUGUUGUCAAGUGUACUGUCUGCAAUGAAGCCACCCCAAUUAAGGGACCACCACCAGGGAAGAGGUACAUACGAUGCCCCUGUAACUGUCUGCUGAUCUGUAACAGUACAGCAAACAAGAUAGCAUGUCCACGACCAAACUGCAAAAGAGUUGUCAAUUUAGGGGGUCCAACUCAGGUCAUCGUGCGCAAUCCUGGAACAGAGAGAUUUAUCUGUGCAUACUGUUCUCAGGUGUUUCUGUACCACGUGGGUGGCUGGAGCCAGCUUACUCGCUGUCCUCACUGUCGCAAAGUUUCUUCUUGUGACGGUGCAAACCAGAAAACUCGCUGUGCCAUUUAUCUUAUUCUGGGAAUUAUUUUCCUUGGGGCAGGAAUUGGAGUCACGGUUGGAACUUACGAGCUAGCGAGUGAAUCGGGUGGAAUCUACACGGUGUGGAUUGGGGCAUUUGUGAUUGGCAUCUCGUUUCUCAUCAGAGCUUGUUACAUUGGGUCAAUUAGGGUCAGUCAGAGAGCAUCUCCUCACUAAGAUCACCACGGACAUGAAUUCGAUGGAUUCCUGAUAAGAUCACCACAAAUAUGAACUUGCUGGAUUCCUGAUAAGAUCACUACGGACAUGAACUUGAUGGAUUCCUGAUAAGAUCACUACGGACAUGAACUUGUUGGAUUCCUGAUAAGAUCACUACGGACAUGAACUUGCUGGAUUCCUGAUAAGGGAUCCAGACCGGAUGUUCUUCUAUUGCAUGUACCUACUUUUUCUACAGUCCUUGAAUAAAAAUGACAAGGCAAAAACCAUUAACCAUUCCAUUACAUUGAUUAGCUACAAAGAACAUGUUAUAAUUUUAUGGAGCAGGGUACAUAUUUCUUUUUUAUAUGUGCAAGUGUUUUUCUAUCUUGUAAUAUGAAUUGGCUAAUUAAUGUUGAUUUUGAAAUAAAUAGACCUUUUUAAAUGUAUGCAGUUAGUCAAAGUGAUAAAAUAAGUGUGUCAUAUUAUAGUAUUUUUUGACUUAGCUUUAGGACAUUGCCCCCAACCCCCUUUUCACACUUUUAUCUACAUUUUAAAUGUCUUCUCUUUCAUUAAACACUGCAAACAUUGUACCUUAACUGUUAAAAAUGUUUUGCAUGUGAUGAGAAAUUGGACAUAAUCAUACAUGUAUCUAUACUAUGUUAGAUGACCUGUGAUAUAGAUUUUUUUAAAUGUUGUGUAUUUUACAGUAAUUACUGGUAUGUAUACUGUGUAAGAGUUGUGUUUCAUUAGUGAUUUGUAAUAAGCCGAUUAUUUGUCUAUAAUUCCAAUGUUAUUUAUUACAAUUGUUUUGAUUGGACAAAAAUAAAGCUGAACAAGAGUUUACACAUCAAUAAAUCCGAAAACGCGAUGUAUUCAUACACGCCUGAAAACAAAUAACAUAGUGCGGGGAAACUAUUCAAAUUUUUGCAAUUGUUAAUAAAGUGAAUGAAUUGGAAUUAUAAGAAUCAAACAUUCUUUUUGAAGAAUAUAUUGAUGUGUAAACUCCAGACAUUUUACUCACAAACUUAACAUAAAAAUACUUAAGUCAUAAACUGAUGCUUUGGUGCAAUAGUCUACUGGUGUAGAGUUGUAAUGAUGAUGAUCCAUCAAAACAAAGAACUGCACGGAGAUCAAAUCCAAUUUAUUGUCCUGAAAGAGUGACUAAAAUGGAUACAAGAGAAUUUUGAAAGUUUGUUUUUAUUUCUGAUUUGUAAUUGAUCUUUUAUUAAGGAUAGACAGGGCAAUGGUAUGGAAAAAAUAUUUGUCAAUGAAUUUUCCUAAUACUGGGUAAAAUUGUGGUAGGACCCUCAAUACAAAUACCAUAUAACGAGUAUUUUCUGCUUGUGGAAAUUAUCUUGAUUUGAUCCCUUAAAAGUUAGUAAAUUAUAUUCUGCGUUUUCAAUUUUUGUUGUUGCAUUAUACCUACAUCUAUAUAUUUCCUCCCUGCAAAAAAAUGAACAACCGUAGAAAAUACCCAUUAUAUGGUAUGUUCUAUGUGGAAGUUAAAGUCAUUGUUAAGAUUUUUGAGCUUGGAAGAGUAACCUUCCCUGAAUAGCUGUGAAAUGUUGAACGUUAUCAGUGUUCUGCCUAUCCUUAAAACUAAUUGAAUGUUUGAUUUUUUAAGAUGUCAUGUGACCAGGUUAAAAAAUGUACAAAUAUAUAUAUUUUCUUAACAAACUAACAAAUUAUAAUCUUACAACUGUACGUAUACUGUAGAUUUCGUUCACUUUGUGCUCAUGAUUGUAUAUCAGUACAGAGACUGCUGACUAAAAGAGAACCAGAAUAGAGUAUAACAUGUUUAAUCUGGAUAUUGUAAAAUCUGAAAUAAAGGGGAAACUUAACACAUAUUUUGGAAGCAAACUUCGAACUGUGUCAUUAGAAAUAUUUAAUAUUCCGGAGGUUGUCUCUUAUCCAAAGAUUUUUUUUCUAGCACCAUGCUGGUCUGGAUUAGACAACUUUCACUACGAUUCUACCAAGAGCAUACAGUGAAAUACUAUAUACAUUGUAUAUGCUUUUGUUAUUAUAUUCUAUGUGCACCACAAAAUACUUACAAUUAUUUGCAUUAACAUUUAUUUGUACUAGCUUUUGUAGAUGUGUUGUAUUCCCAUUAAUGGAUUAUCUGAAUUACAGGAAUUGGCUCAUGGUGGCUGUGAUGAUGUAAAUAGAAUUAAAUGUACCCCAUUACUAUCAUAACCAGACUGGUCAGAUGCAGAAUAUCUUUAUAUAAUGGUGUCUAAAGUUGUGUAGAGGUGGCAAGAACAUUCUUAAUUAAGCUCGUUAGUAAAACAAAAUGUUGAUAAGUAUUUAUGGUGCAACAUCUUGUUUUGUGCCAAGUUUGCAUAAUGAACUUAGCAAUCAAGUGUGUGCCAAAAAUUCACAAUAGUUAGAGAGUUUGAGCUUUUCAACCACUUAAUCACAUUGUUGGUUUAUGUGCUGUUGUUUAUACACUGUGGGUUAAGUUGAAUUUGCAUUCUAGAACUAGUUAGUUCAAGAAAUGUACUUCGAAUGAAAGUGAUUGGAUGUUUUCUUCAAACUACUGAAAUGUUUGUACAAAAUAAUUGAAAUGGAAUUUGAGCCAGCAAUUUUGUUCCACAAUAACUUGAGAAAAAUGUCUUUGUUUAUAUGUUUUUGAUGAUUUUACCGAUGACAGAAUAUUCCUAUGUAGUUGUUUGUACUUUAGUAGGAUUGCAUGUUAUAAAUUCUUCUUCUUUUUUUUUAAGAAGUACACAUACAUGUAUACACAUGAAAAUAAAUUUUAUUAUCUUGG